AUUGUUUUUGAGCCUUCCUAUAGAGCAAACAUGUCGUCGUAGAUUUCUCUAGACUUCUUGAUUUAUUAACUGUAUCGGUGGUCAGCUACAUGAAGAAUUUUUUCGGACUAAAUAUUUGUAGUGUGCAGAAAUGAUAGAUCAAACUGUAGAAGAUGAACGUGCUCCUGAAAUUGAAGAAAAAUUUGCAGAUGGAAAUAAGGUAUCAGAUUACGGUCAGCUAGGGUUGAAAAAAAAGCGAAGGAAGUUUUUUUCAAGGUUCAUUCCGAGAAUUGCAAGACGUGGCGAUUCCAAAAACACCGACAUUAAAGUUAUAAACUAUCUUGACCAUAACCAAGAAUUGUUGAAGGACUAUGUCAUGAAGAGCGUGACUGCAAACCAGUUGCAAAGUUGGCUGGAUCAAAAAAUGUCCCUUGAACCUGAAAAAACUGAUCCUACCAAUAGUCAAAGCUUAAUAAGAAAGAGGGACACUCCAAAAGAUUUUUUUAUGAACUGUGAAACUAAAUUAAAACAGAAUUGGAAUGAACUGUCCUCUAUCCUGGAACUUUUGCAUUAUAUUACAUCGGCAGUGACCAUAGAUGCAUACAGAAUUUAUAAAAUAGAUCCCAACGACUCAAAUUCAAUAAAAUAUUUGAUAUUGGACUCACCUAAUUCCGUCACAUUAGAAACUGAGUUUUCUUCAGCAGAUGGUAAUAUAGUAAAACUUGUUUUAGAAGCGGCAAGUAAACAAAAAUCUUUACGCCUUUCAAGAGAAAACUUUUCAGGAUUUCCCAAAACACCCAGUACUUUACUCCAUACAUUUGGCUUUAAAAAUGAGAAAGAAGCAAACCAUUUAUUUUACCAACCUAUAACAACUAUCGGAAAAACAAUAUACGUGGUUGAAAUGUGGCGCAUUAAAGACAAAUUUGAUGAUAAAGACGAAGAAAUAUGUGCUAAUAUUGUAGUUGCCUUUCAUUAUUGUAAUUUGUACAUGGUUAAACAGAGAGAAAGCAACAUGUCAGACAUCUUACUAGAUGUAGUAAAGACUAUAUUUAAAGAGAUGAUAUCGCUUGAUCAACUAAUAAAAAGUAUAUUGAAAUCCGCUCAAAGACUAGUUAACGCGGAUAGAGCAUCUUUAUUCCUUGUAGAUAACGAUAACUCUGAACUUGUUUCUACCGUAUUUGACCUAAAACUUGACCAUGAACAAGACAAAAAUGGGAUACAACCUGUUAGAAUGUCAAUCAAACAAGGGAUAGCUGGAUGUGUUGCGUCAAGUGGGGAAGUAUUGAACAUUCCGAAUGCAUACUCCGAUGACAGAUUCAACAGCAAGGUGGAUAUGGCUACUGGAUAUAAGACAAAAAGUAUUUUAUGCAUGCCAAUUAAGGUUCGAGGAAAAGUUAUAGGAGUGGUUGAAAUGAUAAAUAAGAUAAAUAAUUUAAAUUUUGACCACGAAGAUGAGAUUGCUUUUCAAAAGUUUUCUAUAUUUUUCGGGCUGGCUCUUCACAACGCUAAGUUGUAUGCUAAAGUUAAGAGAAACGAGGAAAGAUUUCAAGUGGCUAUGGAGGUGUUAAGUUAUCACAAUACUUGUAAGGACAAUGAAGUGCAAGAAGUCCAAAAUGAAAAUUGGGCUUUACCAACCAAUUUUAAUGAUUUUUAUUUAGAUCCCUACGAAUUAGAUCAUUUACAGAAAUGUAAAGCUGCUUUAAAAAUGUUCGAUAUUCUAUUUGAUAUUUCGAAAUUCGAUUCCACGGCUGUAACAAAAUUCAUAUUGACGGUAAAAAAGAACUAUAGAAUGGUACCUUAUCAUAAUUUUGAUCAUGGAUGGUCAGUAGCACACACCAUGUACGUAAUAUUGAAAAAUGACUAUGAACACCGGUUUGACUACAAAAUGAAAUUAGCGUUAUUUGUGGCGUGUCUAUGUCACGAUUUGGAUCAUCGAGGCUAUAAUAACGACUACCUGAAAGAAACAGAAGCACCGUUGGCAGCUAUGUACUCCUCAUCACCUCUAGAACAUCACCACUUUAGUAUUACAGUAACUAUUUUGCAACAGGAUGGACACAACAUCUUCUCUCAGUUAUCCCGUGAAGAUUAUAAAGAAGUUCUAGAACACAUAAAACAGAACAUAUUAGCCACUGAUCUUGCUGUUUUUUCUACCAAUUUAGCUCAGUUCAAACAUAUUUUUGCCGAAAAUUCAGAUCAACAAACUUUCAAUUGGGAAAUUCUCAGGAACAGAAAGUUAGCCAUGGCUCUGUCAAUGACUGCGUCCGAUCUUUCAGCUUCUGCUAAGCCUUGGACGAUACAAAUGAAAACUGUGGAAGUUAUAUUUGAAGAAUUUUAUUUACAAGGCGAUAAAGAAAGGGAAGCCAAUAAAACUCCAAUACCUAUGAUGGAUAGAACUAAACCAGACGAUAAACCUACUAGUCAGGUCGCAUUUUUAAAUCACAUUUGCAUACCUUGCUAUAGUAUGCUUUAUAAAAUCUUUCCGCGAACGAAGCCUUUGUACGAAAUGGUGUUGCAAAAUCGUGAUAACUGGCUAUCCAGGUGUGUAAAUGAUGAUUCAGAACACUUUGAAAAGGAUAAUACGUUAAGUUUGGGAUCUGAAUGAUUCAGCAAGUCCAAUGAUUAAAAAAUAAGUCUUAUAGAUACAUUCUAAAUGCAGAAAAUAGUAAUGCAAUAGCAAUGUUGCAAGGGAGUGUUUAUAUAAUAUAAUAAUAAACUGAAAGGUGAAGUUCAGGUGAAUUCUAUUUGAAUACGGGCCAUAAAAAAUUUGGAUAGGUAGGUACAAGUAAACUGGAAGCAAUAGUUUAAGUAAUAGACAGGACUUCGUCUGUGUUGGUGUUA